AUUCUCGGCCCACUACUUUGGACUAACGUUUCAUUUUCAUGUUCCUUUUCGUCAAAUUGAUCUGGUACGAAACGAAGUCUGAUUUGUGAGUUUAUUAUUGGAGCACUUUUUCUUUUUUAAGUCAGUUUUCGAUUGCCUUUUGUAUAUUUUACCAUAAAGGCAAUAUACUUUAUUUCCUUCUUACGGAAAAGUGAAAUUUUUUAGAUUUUGUUUUAUUGGCCCAUUUUCUGGAGAAUGAGAUGAUUGCCAGCACCUCCUGUCGUACACUGUUGAGGAAAUGGAGGCCUUUCAAAAUCAAUACAAAGACAGUACAGUUCGUAAUUACAAGAUCGGUUGCUCAGAAACAAGCACUUAAACUGACUCCUCUAAAUUCCAAGCUCAGAAUGACAGUUAAAGAUCACAUACUACCAAAUGAUCAACCUAUAAGCGAGCUGGAAUGUGAGGUUGCAUUUAAUGCGCUCACUGACAGUGAAAAACUCUAUGCUCACUACUUAAGCCAAGCUUCUUGGGAAGGUGGCCUUAUAACUGCUGUCCAGACCUCACCAGAGUCACCUUUAAUUUUCAGUUUUCUAUUUCAACUGUUGUCUGGUCAGCCUCUUUCUGAAUUAAAGGAAAAGGCCUUAGAGAAAGUUACAGAAGAUGAAUACACAGCUCUUCUGGUAUAUGCCUGUGGGGUGUUUGCCAAUUCAGGAAACUACAAGGGAUUUGGUGACUCGAAAAUCAUUCCAGGACUGCCACAAGAAAAAUUAGAAGAGAUAGUCCAAGUGUCUGGAGCAUACUCCAAACAGCCAAAGCUGUUCAAGAGUUUGUGGGACAAUUGUAAGAGUGGAAUAUAUUCCCUAAAUGACAAAGACAGAAGCUUGGGAUUCUGGGACAAGGUUUGA